AUGUCUGCGCAGCAAAAGCAGCACCAUGGCCCAACACCUGGUCAAGGAGAGGUACAUGUCACUUGGGGCCACCGGUUCCGCUGGACCGCAGACCACCUCUCGCGAGAAGAAUACAACCGCCUCCGAAUGACCUACGACGAACUCGCCGAGGACUGUCUGGACAUUCUUGAAUCGAAAUUCGCUCCAGCCCAUGCCAAACCGUCCUCUCCAAUUGAUGCUUAUGCUCUUCUCGAGAAACAUCAUGCGGAAGAUCCCACACUUUCUCGACUCUGGUCAGAAGUAACCGAGCUUCCUCCUUGGGUCGACUGGGAGCAGAUCGCUCGAGGCCAGGACCUUUACUACCGAUAUGGAGCCGCCACACUCACUGCCCUAGCAUAUCAAAGCCUGAUCGGAGGUACUGGGAGCAGUGGCGAUGUUUCCGAGGUCUUGACCAGGACCGGCGGCUUCGCAGUCAAGGCAGCUCGUAGGCGUCUGCUCGAAACCCAGCAAUUCAGUCUGCAAGUCACCGAGUCAUUGGCCUCCGUUCGACCUGGCGGUGCUGGUUUUGCAACGGCACUCCGCGUACGAUUCCUGCAUGCACGAGUACGCCGCCGAAUUAUGCAACUCGCCGCCACUCGCCCAUCAUAUUAUUCCGCCGAGAAGCAUGGCGUACCAGUCAACGAUGCGGACUCCAUCGGGACUAUUGCUGCAUUCUCGUCAAACUUGAUCUGGGGAGGACUCCCCAGGCAAGGCAUCUACUUGCGACCUCAGGAGAUUCUCGACUACCUGGCACUGUGGCGGCUUGUUGGGUUAUACAUGGGUGUGCCAACAGACCAUUUCGCAACACCUGAGAAAGCCAAGGCCAUCAUGGAGAUCAAUCUUCUCUACAGCUACAACCCAACACCAACCUCGAAAAUGCUCGCCUGGAACAUGAUCCGUGCGCUUGAGCUUGAGCCUCCAUUCUACGCUUCGAGAGCGCUGAUAGAGGUCAACCUCCGCUGGCUGAAUGGAAACGAGCUCGCGGACGCUAUGGACAUCAGCCGCCCGACACCCUACUAUUGGGCUUUGCGAGCCGGCCAGACUGUCUACUUCGCCGCCAUGUGCUACAUCAAUCGCAGCAUCCCUCUCUUCGAUAGAUGGCAGAUUCGGACCUUCAGACGCGAACUGUGGUCAAUGGUUCUUGAUGAGAAGAAAAAUGGACUAGGACGCUUAUCUGUGUUUGACUUCAAAUACUCUUGGUGCCAUGUCCCCGGCGUGUUACACAACUCGUAA